CAGUGUUACUUUGAACAGCUCCAAACCCAAUUUCUGCUUAGUGCAGCUGGACGUGCAGCUGAGGAUAAAUAAGGUGAUAACUGAGAUAGAACUUCCCGUCCCUCACGCUGCCCUCUGUCCACAGGGCACAAAAGCAGCACCAGCACCUCCUGUGGCUCCCUCUGCUUCCAAAGAGGAGGCCAAAGAGGAGGGAGACAGCAGUGAGCUUGCUGCUGCUCUGGGGGACGAUGGUGACCUUCCCUCAGUGCCGGGAGAUGACAGUGAACUUCCCACUGCUCUGGGAGACGAGGGCGAACAUCCCGCGGUGUGGGAAUACAACGGCGAGGCUCCCGCGGUGUGGGACAAGGACAGUGGACAUCUCCCGGCGUGGGACGAGGACGGUGGAUGUCCCCUGGUGUGGGACCAGAAUGGCCCAGCUCCCACGCUGGGGGAUGAGGACGGGGGACAUCUCCCAGUGUGGGAUGAGGAUGGAGGACAUCUCCCAGUGUGGGAUGAGGAUGGGGGACAUCUCCCAGUGUGGGAUGAGGACGGAGGACAUCCUGUGCCUUGGGAAGAGGAGCAUGAACCUCUCCCAGAAUGGGAAGUGGACAGUGAACGUCCCCUGGCUUGGAAAGAAGAUGGCAAACCUGCAGCGUUUUGGGAAGAGGAUGGAGAAGCUGCAGAAUUUUGGGAAGAAGAUGGAGAAGCUGCAGCCUUUUGGGAAGAGGAUGGAGAACCUCCCUCUGCUUGGGAAGAGGACACUGAACCUCCCUCUGCUGUGGGAUCCUGGGCUGAACAUUCUGACAGCAGCGCAGCCCUGCAGGCAGAGGGGAGAGGGGAGUGGUGCCUGAUGCAGCUGAGGAACAUCGUGAGCGAGGCGCAGCCUGCCCAGAAAUACCUGGAAGUGGAGCAGAUUGGCCAAGGGGCUUUUGGAGCCGUUUCUAAAGGACUCGACAGGGCCACUGGAGGAGAGGUGGCCAUCAAGAAAAUGAGUCUCACAGGGCAGAACAGGCAACGAGCUGUGAAUGAGAUCGUGCUCCUGAAGGACAAGAAACACCCCAACAUUGUCAACUUUUUGGACAGCUUCCUUGUUGAUGGAGAUCUCUGGCUGGUCAUGGAAUACAUGGAUGGAGGAACUUUGCAGGACGUUGUCAGACAGACACGCAUGGCUGAAGGAGAGAUGGCAGCUGUCAGUCGGGAGUGUCUGCAGGGCCUGGAUUUCCUCCAUUCCAAGCAGGUGAUCCACAGGGAUGUGAAGAGCUCCAACAUCCUUCUGGGAAUGGACGGCUCUGUCAGGCUGGCUGAUUUUGGCCUCUGUGCUCAGCUCAGCCCUGAGCAGGACCAGCGCAGCUCCAUGGUGGGCACUGCUCACUGGAUGGCCCCAGAGGUUGUGACCAGAUCUCCUUAUGGCCCCAAGGUGGACAUCUGGUCCUUCGGUAUCGUGACCAUCGAGAUGGUGGAAGGAGAACCUCCUUACUUCAGGGAAACUGCGGCCAUGGCUCGCGCUCUGAUCCGGCAGAACGGGACCCCGCAGCUGCAGGAGCCCCGGCGCCUGUCGGCUCUGCUGCGGGACUUCCUCGAGUGCAGCCUGGAGCCGGACGAGGAGCGGCGCUGGGCUGCCCAGGAGCUGCUGCAGCACCCAUUUUUAGCAUCAGCCAAGCCUCUCUCCAGCCUGACCCCUCUGAUCACUGCAGCAAAGCAACUGAGGGAGCAGCGGAGGAGAUGAAGCACUUGAGGACAGCUUCUUGUUACAGCAGUUAGGACAACUAGUUAGUUUGGUAGUUAGCACUGCUAGUUGGUUAUGGUAGUUAGGAGAGUGUGUUUGUUAUGGUUCUUAUGUUAGCCUGUUUGGUAUGGCAGUUGUUUGAAUAAAAACUCUCUUAAACCUCAAGUCCCUUGACGUGUCCCUUCCUUCUCCCCCUGUGGCUCAGCUGCCCGCAGCAAUGUGAGGGGAGAGUGGGCCCAGCCUGGCCCAGAGCUGAGCCCAGCAGAGCCCUGGCAGAGCCCAGAGCAGCCUCGGCAUCUGCAGAGUCAGCCUGGAAGGAGGCGCUUGGAGCCUCCUGGGCUGCACCCGACUCUUGGUUACAAACUGUGUCUGCUGGAAAAUGCCACCGGCUCUGCAGGAGGGCACAAGGGGCCCGGGGAAGGCCCAAGUGCUCCAUGCAAGGCAAAAACCUGCCCUGGGCUUGUUAUAAAUACCUAUGUAGUGUUGGCUUUGCUAUUAUGUAUUGACUUCUGCAAAUUAUUCUCAAUCACAACGAUUUUGAUAUAGUACAAUUUGUAAUCCCUU